GUUAGUAGUGAGUUGGAUUGUCGUCUGCUAGGACAGUGGAAUAGCUCAGUCCGUAGCGAGUUGGAUUCUCAUCUACUAAGACAGUGGAAUAGCUCAGUCAGUAGUGAGUUGGAUUGUUAUCUGCUAGGACAGAGUAAUAGCUCAGUUAGUAGUGAUUUGGAUUGUCGUCUGUUAGGACACUGGAAUAGCUCAGUCAGUAGUGAUUUGGAUUGUCAUCUGCUAGGACAGUAG